AUGCGUGCGGCGUCAUUAGUCUUGUCUGCCGCUGCGGUGCUUAGCACCGUCGUGUACGGCCAGACGGUAUCAUUCGCCGACGAUGAGGGAGAUGUCAUCGUUGGGUUUGAGACGGUCGACCCGUUACUUGGUGUGGAGACUACGGUGAUCUUGGAGACUAUCGCUGCAACGACGACUUCAACCUCUACUACGGACCUGGAUGAUCUGACAACUUCGACUACUACCUCGACGACUACCUCGACCACCACCACCGCGGCAGAUCCUCUCGCAACUUCCACAACUACCACAACUACAGCGGCGGCAGCAGCGACACCGUACAACGGCGUUAGUCCCACAACGGGCACGAUCCUCGACUACAGCGCCUGGUUGAGUGUCAUUGGCACCGCGACACAAGUAGGCUACGGCUCGGCUUCCACCGCCCAAUCAGACACAUCAGCCGCUGUACACAGUGCGCUGCCCGGAAUGUUGCCGGUCCUCGCAGCAGCACUAUUCGGUGCAGUAGGCGGCGCUGCAGCCCUCUUUGCAUGA